CCUUAGAACAUUUUUAUUGUUACUCGUUUUGCAGUUCUCAGCCGAUAAAUGCAAAAAAAGUUGUUUUGAGCUUGAUUUAAAACUCCUGUUUUGUUUACUCUAUACUCGUAGUUGAAAGGAAAUUAAUAAUAUAUUUUUAAAAGCUGUUAAUAAAGUUUUCUAUAAUGGCCGAUAAUGUAACUGCUUCUAAAUCAAUAAAAGAGGAACCUGUAUCUGAUUCUGAUGAACCGGUCAUUUGUGAUACCAUCACCAGAGCUGCAAAACGCUCUAGAAAUACUUAUGAGGAUGUUGAUAUUAAGACUGAAGCAAAAUUAGAUGAUGCUUCUGUUCCAAAGAUUGAAUUGACAAUCAAAACAACAAAAGAAGAAAAACUUCUUAAAGUACCUGAAGAAUCCACAACAAACGAGCUAAAAGAGAAAGUAUCAGAAGAGUUUAAUAUUAGCACUGAUCAGCUCUGUCUCAUUUUCUCAGGAAAGGUUCUUAAAGAAGAUGAAAGCUUAAAAUCUCUAGGAGUUCAAGAUGGGAAUAUCAUCCAUGUGGUGACUAAAGCUGCAAAAACUUCACCUAACAUUGAUGCCUCACCAUUUGGUUUAAAUGCUUUUGGUGGCUUGCCAGGCUUAGGCAAUAUAGGAAUUGGUUCUCCUAAUUUUUUGGAACUACAACAACAAAUGCAAAAAGAACUUUUGCAAAAUCCUGAUCUAUUGCAGCAAGUGAUGAAUAAUCCAUUUGUACAAUCAAUGUUGGAAAACCCUGAAUAUAUGCAACAAAUGAUUCUGAGUAAUUCUCAAAUGAAGGACAUGUUAGAGACAAACCCUGACUUGAGUUAUAUGUUAAGCAAUCCAGAUGUUCUUCGCAAUACUCUAGAAAUAGCUAGGAGUCCUGGUAUGCUUCAAGAAUUAGUGAGAUCUAGAGAAGGGGAAACAAAUGUGUCUUCAAAUCAACCUUCUCAAGAAAAUACCUCUAAUGAAAAAUCAUCUGAAGCAGCUAGUGCUAGCAAACCUGAAUCUACAAACUCACCAAACCAAGAAGCCUCUUCAGCUAUGAAUGCUUUUACAUCAGCUGGUUUACAGUCAAUUAUGCAGCAAUUAUCGCAAAAUCCACACCUUGUUCAAGAAAUGUUUAAUGCUCCUUACAUGAAUUCCAUGAUGGAAGCAUUAGCAGCGAAUCCAGAGCAAGCUAGCCAAGUUUUGGUAAAUAACCCAAUAUUUGGAAAUAACCCAACGGUUCAGCAACAGAUGAAAAAUUCAUUACCAGUAUUAAUCAAGCAAAUGCAGAAUCCAGACAUGCAGAAGUUUUUGACAAAUCCUCAAGCUUUGAAUGCUAUGAUGAAUAUCCAUCAGGGAAUAGAUCAGCUGCAACAAAUUGCCCCAAAUGCUUUUAACAUGUUUCCUGGGCAACCACCUUACCCAUCCUGGUUCACUCAAAGUGCGAUGAAUGUUCCAUCCCCAAAUGUUGAUAACAAUGAGGGUAAGGAAAACAAUGCUCCUGAUGCAUUUAGUUACUUUAUGAGAAAUAUGGUGAAUGCUGUGUCUCAAGGAGUCAACGUUGACAGCCCCCCUGAAGAAAGGUACCAAAGUCAACUUGAACAAAUGCAAGUUAUGGGUUUUGAAAACAAACAGGAGAAUCUUCAAGCUUUAAUCGCCACAUUUGGAGAUGUCAAUUCUGCCGUUGAAAAAAUACUCUCCCACAAUGUUUAAAGCAAUAUAUGGACUGUGAUAGUUUAAGCUGAUUCCUUUGAUUUCAUUUGUGACUUGCAUAUUCUUAAAUAUUUUAGUCUAAGUAAUAAUUAGGCUACAUAAGGUUUACAAUUUAGAGCUAUGAUCAAAUCUAGCUGCAAUCUCUCUUUUAGAAUGUCAUCUUCUCAUUUUUAUUUCUCACGCAUUUGAUGGUGACAUGAAUAGAUCAUUAUUGCAAACUUUAUUUUUAUACAAGAUACAAAAACUCAUUUUAGUGCAUAUUUUUGGACUUUUUUUUUAGCACGGAUAAGUCCAGUAAUAAGAUGUAUUUAUUACCUUUGUAUCUUGUACUCAUUACUGAUUUAAAAGUGUAGGCUUAAAGUUUUAACAAUAAGCUUUACUAUCUGUUUUUGAUUUAAAUAGUUAAAAUAUAUAUUAAGUUUAUGAAUUUGUGGAAGUAAUUCCUUAGAUUUGAAAGCAAUGAAUUUUUUUUUUUUUUAAGUUAGUGCAAUAUUUCUGAGGUUUUUCUGUUAAAUAUUACGACAUAUUCUAAUAAAAAAUUUCAAUUAAUUAUAUCUCUUGUAAAAUUUAAUUAGGAUUUCCAUUAUACAUAGAUAAAACUGUAAAGAAAUUUGAGUAAUACACUUUCAAAUUUAAUAAUAAUUUCUCAUAAUUAUAGCACAUUCAUUACUUAGAAACAAAUUAUUCAUAGCAUUUAAUAAUGAACACUUUAAAUUUUGACUGGAAAAAAAUGUACAUUAAAUUGUUUAAACUGCAUGGAUUAUUUUUUUUUAAUGAAAGAACUAUAUAUCUGAUUCUAAUAAUUUUUCAAUAUCAUUUCUAUAUUAUGUCAUUGCACAUUAUGGAAUUGUGUUUCUAUUUCUGUACCUUUAUUAUAUGUUUAUUAUUAUCAAUAAAUUCGUAUUUAUUACUUAA